AUGUAUCCUUCCGCACAUCAUGCCCAGAUGCCGCCGCCUCAGGCGCGCUCUGUCGCACCCGAGACCUUUCUCUUAGAUCAGGACGCUCAACAAAGCCUCCCGCCAGACAGCAUCGUUGCGCUCCAGCAAGUCGACAAUCUCAAGUACUUUCUCAUCUCCGCGCCAGUCGACUGGCAACCAGAUCAGUACAUUCGCAGAUUUCUACUACCCACGGGCGAAUAUGUCUCCUGCGUGCUAUGGAACAACCUCUUUCACAUCUCCGGAACCGACAUUGUACGCUGCCUUUCCUUCAGAUUCCAGGCCUUUGGCCGGCCUGUGAAGAAUUCCAAAAAGUUUGAAGAGGGCAUCUUCUCAGACCUGCGCAACUUGAAAUCCGGAACAGACGCCUCGCUCGAGGAGCCAAAGAGUGCGUUCCUCGACUUUCUCUACAAGAACAACUGCAUCCGCACACAAAAGAAGCAAAAGGUCUUCUACUGGUACAGCGUACCCCAUGACAGGCUCUUUCUCGAUGCCUUGGAGCGCGAUCUCAAGCGCGAGAAGAUGGGCCAGGAGGCCACCACCAUGGCAGUCAGCGAGCCUGCCCUUUCCUUCGAAUUCGAUUCGUCACAAUCCCUCUUCGAGCAGCUCACAAAGGCCCAACAAACAAACUCCUCGUCCUUCAACAACAAUGUCCAAUCCUUCUCCCAGACGACAUCGCCUGACAUGCGAGGCAUGGACUCGAUGCCUCCGCCGACCAUGGUGUCGGUACCACAGCCCAUGCCGCAGCCCAUCUCUCAACCCAUGCAACACCAGCAACAACAGCACCACCACGAGGACCCAAUGGCCCAAUACCACCAACAAAUGUCCAUGCCACCCAUGCAGAACUCGGUCAUGAAGAGCAGAGAGCGCGAAUUCAGCCAAUCCAUGCAAUACGACCGUAACGGGAUUCCCCUAUCGCAGGUGCACCAGCGACACAGCUCCAUGCCAGCGUACAUGGAGUACUCGCCUGCGCCGUCAUUCGUCUCGUCUCACUACGAAGACUACAGCACGAGGGGCAUGUCUUUUGAGCCCCUGACGCCUCCUCAACACCAAAUUAGCCUUGGUGCGGAGCCUGCGUACAUUGCCAACGAAGACACCGGUCUCUACAGCGCGAUUCCCGAUCUUCCAGUCCCCAACACAUUUAACCCCUUGAUGAAUCUUCCGCCAUCCAAUUUGAUGGCUCCAGGCUACGCCGGUGUUUCCAGACCAUUCGCGCCUGGAAACGUCUACUCGGUCAUCGAAGGCUCGCCAACCUACAAACAACGCAGGCGGCGUUCAUCACUUUCGGCUGGUAUCAGCGCUGCAGUAGCUGCCAGCGGUGCUGCUCACCAGGUCCACCGCCCAAGUGACCUGCGCCGAUCCAUGUCGAACUCGGUUGCGCCUCUCACCGAGGUGGACGAGUCGAACCACAAUUCUCCCAAUAGCGCUAACGGUGCAAGCUACCCUUCGGCCAUGCCGGAAAAGCAGCCCAUGGUCAACCAGUCAAGACAAGGUACCCCUCUCAACACCGUCGAAGAAAGCCCGGAACCAGAGUCGAAUGUCAUACAUCACGAUCUCAACACGCUGGUGAAUGGCGAAUUAUUCGAGACCCCGCUCCAGCAUAGCGCAGUCGCACGCACUGCAGGUGGUCCUGUCUACCGACGCGCUCGCAGUGCCACCAUGAUGGAGAUUGGCCCAUACCCCCAGAAAUCGCACUCAUGCCCAAUCCCCACAUGCGGCCGUCUCUUCAAAAGAUUAGAACAUCUCAAGAGACACGUGCGCACCCACACACAAGAACGGCCAUACGUUUGCCCUCUGUGCAACAAGGCCUUUUCGCGCUCAGACAAUCUCGCCCAACAUCGUCGCACACAUGAAACCCGCCCUGACGGCGAGCCGCUCAGCGACUAUCAGGAAGACGAUCUCGAGGGUGAGGAGGACAAUCUCCACUCACUCGAAGAGGAUUCGCCCGAGUCUGGCAACGACUACCUGUCCGGACUAUCUCACGUCCCCCAGUCCAUCAAUGACAUUCCUGGCCCUGGCCUUGGUAUGACCAUGGCGCCGCCACCACAGCAACUCAUGGCGGGUAGUCACUACUAA